AUGGCGCGUUGCGCGUUCUGGAGUGCGCUGUGUAUCUUUUGCAUGUUCUUCACUGGACUCUCACUGGGAACCGGCUUUAUUUACCAGUUCCCUGCAGUCUCACUGCGCCAGGUGAGCUCAGAGCAAAGCGCCGCUGGAGCCCCGGCUGCGGGCAUCAGUUCUCAGCGCAGGAACUGGUGCCAGUACACAGUAUCAAAGACCAUUACGUGCCAGGUGCACAACGGCACAGAGACGACUGUACAGAGAGUGUUUCAGGGGUGUCGAUGGCCAGGACCCUGCUCCAAACUUAUCAGUUACAGAGCUCUGGUUAGGCCUGCAUAUAAACUGGCAUAUCGACAGGUGACGGCACUGGAAUGGAGGUGCUGUCCUGGAUUCCUGGGUAAUGACUGCAGUGAAGAAUGUAUGAACUGUACAGGUUACACUGAUCUCAGCAAACGCCUGAACACCAUCGAGUCAAAGAUCAAGUUGUUGGAGCAGGCUGGACCUCAGCUUCCAUCCAUUAACACUUCGCCAGAAAGAUCCACAGAUAAUGAAGUAGAAGGAUCAAAGCCCACCACUAUGGGACCCCCGAUAUUCUGGCAACCAGGAACGAGGAAUUCGCCAGGCCUGGUGGGACCUCCUGGCUUACCUGGCUCAUCAGGACUUCCUGGACCUGCAGGAGAAAAAGGAGCCCCAGGCCAACCAGGACCCAGAGGCCUGAAGGGGGAAAGAGGUCUUCCGGGAGAAAUUGGUCUUCCAGGGCCACCGGGACCACCAGGGCCUCCAGGACAGCCAGGCCUGACCAACUCUAUCCCACUGAGAGGGGAUGUAUUUCAGCUUACCAGUGCAGCUGAACCAGGACAUGUUGGACCUCCAGGCCCACCCGGUCCUUCCGGUGCCCCGGGGCCUGCUGGAGCUCCUGGUCUCCCAGGUUUACCUGGAGAAGAUGCAGCGAAAGGCCUCCCAGGCAAAGCCGGAGAACCGGGGCUCAAAGGAGACCCAGGUGACAGGGGACCCCCGGGAUUAAGCGGAGAGCAAGGCCAGCCUGGCGUGGCCGGUGCUGAGGGGCAAAAGGGAGAGCCAGGGGACAGUGUGCCUGAUGCUGAGGGAGUCCAGCAGCUGAGAGAGGCGCUGAAGAUCCUGGCUGAGCGAGUUCUCAUCCUGGAACACAUGAUCGGCAUCCACGAGAGCGGAGGUGAAGCCGGUUCCGGAUUGAACAGUCUGACAGAUAUUCUUCCUCUUCCCGGGUUUAAGAUCAAACGAGCCGAAUCGCUCAGACUCGCCUCUUCUCUCCACACCGGCCAGCAGAGGAAAAACGUCUGA